AACAUUCCUUACCUAUACUUCGAUAACAUCAAAAUGAUGUUUCCAAAAUCUAGACAUUAGUUUAUUUUCCCUUGCCCCGCUAAAGUGAAGGGCUACCAGUUUAUAUUGCAGCUUAGAUAUUGAAAUCAUCCUCAAGAAGAUUGUUUAUUUUCCAUGCUUUUUACAAGAAGAUUGUUUGAGCAUCAUGUCGGUUGCAUCAUUCCAUUCAUCCUCAUCCAUGAGGUCCAUGACUGUUGCAACUGCACAUAAAGCCAUUACAGAGUGUGUAGCUGAUGCUCGGUCGGACACCCUCGAAGUUCAGGAAAAGGCUCUUCAAAACUUGGUUUCCAUCACCCAGGUUAGUCCCCUAUACAGGAACUUGCUUGCACAAGUAGAUGGGGCAAUUCCAAUUCUUAUUGCUCUCUCCAAAUCGUCUUCCUCUUCCAUCCAAUCUCUUUCAUUGUCCAUUCUCUUCAAUCUUUCUCUGAAUCACGACAUGAAAAGGCUUCUUGCAUCGAUGGAAACCAUCUACCAUCUCAAUGCACUCAUAUCCUUGGGCUCCCCCGAAACCGUCAAGCUUUCUUCCUCACUGAUAUGCAGCCUCGCGAUGCUAGACAAGAACAAGGCUAAGUUUGGGGUAGCAGGGACCAUACGGUUAUUGGUUAGAGCACUCUCAGUUCCUAGUGUUCUUGGUGCUCAUCACAUCCUCUGUUCUUUAGCUGAACUAGGCCAGUUUCAUGGAAACUGCACUGUGGCAGUUCGAUCGGGAGCCAUCCCGGUUCUUAUCAGCGUAGUGGAGAGUACUGGUGUGGAGGAUCUUGCUGGCACUGCUCUUACCGUUCUCGGACUCUUGGCUAGAUUUGAGGAGGGGCUGAGGGCUUUGAUGAAAACUGAUUGCAUUGUGAAUUCGAUGGUUAAUGUGUUGAAGGGAAGGUGUAUGUUGAGUAAAGAAGGUGCAACUGAAAUCCUUUUGCGAUUGUUCGAUGAAAGUGACAGUUGUUUGAGAGAUGCUUUGAGCAUGCCGGAGUUUUUGGGUGUCGUGGCUGAUCUUUCUGUACGAGGAUCUGCAAAAGCUAGAGAGAGAGCUGCUUUACUUAUGAACAAGGUCAUGAAUAGCGAUGUCGAUGCAUACUCAAAUGCAGUUUCGGUGUAUUCACAGUGGUAUUGAAGUUAAAAUUAGUCUUUUAGUCGCCUCCCAAUUUAAUUUCGAUAAAGGUAUUUAAUUUUUGGAAAUGGCACUAGUUUCUUCGAACAACAAA